AUGGAAUCUGCAGGAUCAGUAGCAUAAUGUUUUGAACUUACCUACCUGUACCUAUAUAUCCCAGCUAGCCGAGGUCGGAGUGAGCACACAUCGCCCAACCCUACCUACCUAAGGUAUAACAGCAACAACUCCCAACUUCCUCCCAUCCAAACUCAAGAAACGAAAAGAAAAAUAUAUUACAAUUGAAAAAGAGCAAUGGCACGAACAACUCCCACCCCCUCAGAAACCACCUCCCUCUUCCACACCAUCGAACACGAUUUCCCAUCCUCCUCCCUCGGCCCCAACAAAUGGUACAUUCUCCUCCUCGCAGCCCUCACAGCAGGUGGCCAUCCAGGCAAAGCCGCAGAUCUUUACACAUAUCUCAUCUCCAGCAGACCCGAGUUUGAGAAGUCUGAGCAAAGACAGAAUUUGAUGAAGCGGUUGAGAGAAACUUUGGUCAAAUUGGUGCCGAUUGUGGGAGUGGUGAAACCGCUCGAGGCGGUGUUUUGUAUUGCGGAAAUUGAACGGCCGGAGGAUCGGGAUGGGAGUUUUUCGAGAGAAAACUGGUCCUCCGGCCCCCUCAAUUCCCAACGCGGCUCGGCCUGGCUCGCCCAAAUUUACCAACACAACCACGCCGCCACCGAAUCCGUCCUCUCGCACCACAAAGACUUUGAAUGGAUCUCGCGUGAAAUCACCUACGGGCUUUUCUUAUCCGAUCACACGAUUCUGGGGCCUGUGGAGACGGAAAUUGUGGUGCUGGCGGGGAUUGCGAUGCAGAAUUUGCCGCGCGAGACUGGGUGGCAUUUGAGGGGGAUGAGGAGGAUUGGAGUGGCUAUUGAGGAUGUGGAGUUGGUGCAGAGGUGUGUCGAGAGGGUGGCCGAGUAUUGUGGGUUGGUGUUGGAUCGGAUUCCGAGGGUGGCGGAUGUUGAGCAUGAGGUUGCUUUUUGAUGGGGGCGGAGGGGAGGGGAAAGGAGGGGAGAAGAAAGCUGGCUGUGGUGUAAUCUUGGGUAUGAUGAUGGUAUACCUAUGUACCAAGCCGUUCUCAAAUGCGCGUCCGAUAUAGAAGUUUUUGAUGCCCAGACCAAGCACUGCUCGAGGAACUGUAAUCUUUGUUGCUGCCGCCGAUGGCUUGUGCGGCUUGGACUUUCCAGGUUAGUGAAAUUCAUCGGAUUGGAGACACCAACAGCUACUCGAGUGGGCUUCGUCUAAUUUGGAGCGCUACUUUGUGUCUUCAACGAGGGCGAGCUUUCAGAAAUGACAUUGACAAACCAAGCACCAUUGUACCCAGAUUUAGGUAUGACUUCAAAUAGGAUGGAGUUGCCCACCCGAAUUCGAUAGGUCGAAGCUUAGUGUCCUCCGCCUUCUUUCUCAAAGUCGUCGUCGAAACCCCACAUAUAGACAUUUUAACAUGGCAUUAGCAGGAAGCUGGAUUGUCGACCAAGCCCCCAACGAUCCUUGCACGGUAAAAGUGAAGCAAGGGAAAGCUUUGGCUGAAAGGCCGUCAUUCACACAUAGAGUUUCUCUACCCCUUCUUCUGGAGCCGUGAGGAUGAGCGUGUACCAAUUGUCGGUGGCUUUGGGGUCUUGGCUGUACUGGCCUUCUUCUUAACGGGCUCUUCGGCUUGAGGCGGUUCGGCAUUCUCGUGCUCCUUCUUGAGCUUCUUAGUUGGUGGUGGAGAUUCGUCCAAGUCAAGACCGCCGCGCUUGUCUGAUAUCUUCUCAAGAGCCUUGGCCUUGUCCUUGGCUGCACCGGCCGUCUGUUUAGAUCUUUCUUCUUCUUCUGGCCUCGAUGUCCCUCCGCCGCUGGCACGGUGCCCGAGCACGAAUGCCACUUUUUCCAUGUCGACAGCAGCCCAGUCAUGACGGUUCCGGAUUUCCUGUAUUCUCGAGAAGAGCUCAUGGUACUCCUUUGGCGUGUACUUGAUCGGCCUGUCCCAGCCUUUACCCUUUCCUUCUUCCCAGAAAGUCCAUCGGAAAAGUUCGUCAGAAAAGAAAGGCACAGUGGACGGAAAGGCGACACUCAGGAGUAGACUGGCAGUGGCUGGACCAAUGCCUUUCAGCGUCGACAGUUGUUUCAGAGAGGCUUUCAGCUUCUCUAAUGUGCCGUCAAAGGACGAGAACGCAGUGGCCGUGGUCUUCUGCACGGUGUCUGGUGGAUUUGACUGUACAAGCUGUUUGAGCUUUGGACGAAAGGUGCCAUGGCUUAGCUUCCAGUCGACCAGAGAAGCGAGUUCGCUUUUGCCUAAGUGAAGCUGUCCCUUCUCC